CCCGCUGCCGCCGCUGCCGGGCCUGUGUGCGAACUGAGUGCGGGGACUGCCACUUCUGCCGAGACAUGAAGAAGUUCGGGGGGCCCGGGCGAAUGAAGCAGUCGUGCCUGCUCCGGCAGUGCACUGCCCCCGUGCUCCCACACACAGCCGUGUGCCUCUUGUGUGGGGAGGCUGGGAAGGAGGACACAGUGGAGGGAGAGGAAGAAAAAUUUGGUUUGAGCCUCAUGGAGUGUACAAUCUGCAACGAGAUCGUCCACCCUGGCUGCCUGAAGAUGGGGAAGGCUGAGGGUGUCAUCAAUGCGGAAAUUCCUAACUGCUGGGAGUGCCCUCGCUGUACCCAGGAAGGCCGGACCAGCAAGGAUUCAGGUGAGGGACCAGGCCGCCGAAGGACUGACAACGGAGAGGAGGGUGCCAGCCUGGGGAGUGGAUGGAAGCUGACGGAGGAGCCGCCACUUCCACCACCUCCACCCAGGCGCAAGGGCCCCCUGCCUGCUGGGCCCCCCCCAGAGGACGUGCCUGGGCCCCCCAAAAGAAAGGAGAGGGAGUCAGGGAAUGAGCCCCCAACCCCAAAGAAAAAGGUGAGCGGAGGCCGUGAGAGGCACCUGAAGAAGGUGGGUGGAGACGCCUGCCUCCUCCGAGGAUCGGACCCAGGCGGCCCAGGCCUUCUGCCCCCCAGGGUUCUGAAUCCAAGCCAAGCUUUCUCGUCCUGCCACCCUGGGCUCCCUCCCGAACACUGGGAGAAACCAAAGCCACCUUUGGCCUCUGCCGAGGGCCCAGCGGUGCCGUCGCCGUCGCCACAGAGGGAGAAGUUAGAGCGUUUCAAGCGGAUGUGCCAGCUGCUAGAGCGGGUGCCUGACACCUCCUCGUCCUCCUCGGACUCAGACUCAGACUCCGACUCAUCAGGCACAUCCCUGAGUGAGGAUGAGGCCCCUGGCGAGGCCCGAAACGGGCGACGGCCAGCCAGGGGCAGCUCAGGCGAGAAGGAGAACCGCGGGGGGCGACGGGCCGUCCGCCCUGGCAGUGGGGGGCCCCUCCUCAGUUGGCCUUUGGGCCCUGCCCCACCACCCCGGCCCCCACAGCUGGAGCGUCACGUGGUACGGCCCCCACCUCGAAGUCCUGAGCCCGACACACUGCCUUUGGCUGCUGGAUCCGACCACCCUCUGCCCCGUGCUGCCUGGCUUCGUGUCUUCCAGCACCUGGGGCCCCGGGAGCUGUGCGUUUGCAUGCGAGUCUGCCGGACUUGGAGCCGCUGGUGCUAUGACAAGCGUCUGUGGCCUCGAAUGGACCUGAGCCGGCGGAAGUCACUCACUCCCCCCAUGCUUAGUGGUGUGGUUCGUCGCCAGCCCCGAGCCCUGGACCUCAGCUGGACAGGUGUCUCCAAGAAGCAACUCAUGUGGCUUCUGAACCGACUGCAAGGCCUGCAGGAACUGGUGCUGUCUGGCUGCUCCUGGCUCUCUGUCUCUGCCCUGGGCUCAGCCCCACUGCCAGCCCUGCGGCUCCUGGACCUGCGCUGGAUUGAGGAUGUUAAAGACUCCCAGCUCCGAGAGCUGCUGCUGCCUCCGCCAGACACGAAACCAGGGCAAACGGAGAGCCGUGGGCGGCUGCAGGGGGUAGCAGAGCUGCGCUUGGCAGGCCUAGAGCUGACAGAUGCCUCCCUGCGACUCCUGCUGCGCCACGCGCCCCAGCUGAGCGCCCUGGACCUCAGCCACUGCGCCCAUGUCGGGGACCCCAGUGUUCAUCUCCUCACGGCCCCCACCUCCCCACUUCGAGAGACCCUGGUACACCUCAAUCUUGCUGGUUGCCACCGCCUCACUGACCAUUGCCUUCCGCUGUUCCGCCGCUGCCCUCGCCUACGCCGCCUAGACCUGCGCUCCUGCCGCCAGCUCUCACCUGAAGCUUGUGCCCGCCUGGCAGCUGCCGGGCCCCCUGGCCCCUUCCGCUGCCCAGAGGAGAAGUUGCUUCUCAAGGACAGCUAGUUGGGUGCCUCCCCCUGCCCCCAACUCUUCAGGAGCCUGGACCUCCGGCCUUCAUUUCAUCCUGCCAGGAGGCCAGGUUACCCACCUCAUGACUUGGGAUUCCCGAGUUUUCCGACUUGGGAUUCCUGCCCAGGGACUUGAGCCAGCCUCCCCACUCUGCCCCCUGCACUGAUAUUUCUGGGGGUCUCUUUCCCAUCCCCUCCCCCUUCCACCUGCUUCAUUGUCCAUCCCCUGGGGGGAGUGGGUCAGAGGUACUGGGGUUGCUGAGCCAAAGGGAUGGUGGGCGGGGGGUCAGGUGCAAGUCUGAGGGAGGGAGAAUGGGGGAAACACAUCUGCAUACAGGAUACUGGGAGCCAGGGGCUGGGGGAGGUGGAGGAUGGGCUGGGGGAGGGGGGCAGAAAGCAGACCACCAAGGGUGCAGGGAACAGACCAGAUCCUUGGAGUUGGGGGGUGGCGGGGCAAAAAGGGAAAGCAGAGGAGCAACUGGGAGUCCAGGUGUCAGAGGUGGGGAUACUCGGGGAACCAGGGAAAGCCAGGGCUAAGGAAGGGGUGAGGGGCGAGAGCAGGUGGGGGGCAGUAGCACUCCCUCGGGGGGUUACUCCUCCUCUUACUCCCCAGUUUCAGUUCCUUCCCCCAACCCUGACUCCUUGAAAGUCACUGACAAUGGCAGCUAUUGCGAGGAGUGGGGGCCAGCUGGCCUAUCUGCUGUUCAGCGUGGCCCAGGGGAGUGGUGAGGGGUACCCCAGCCCCCUACCUGCCUCCCCGUUCAAUACUUGAACAUUCACCUGUACUGAAGUGUUACUUGAACCUGGGGAAUCUCGGACUCGGGGGAGCUGGAGUGUGAGGGCCGGACCGCUUGGACUGAGACUGGACCGGUGGGCGCUGCGCCACCACCAGGCUCUUUCUUGCUUUACUGUAUUGAGCAGUUCACCCCUCCUGACCUGCAGUGGAGUGGGGUGCCAUCCCAGCGAUGGGGAAGAUGAGACUCCUUCAGUUUGGCUCUUCCCACUCAUCGUCAUGGAAACUUGUAUCCCAUUUGCCCAGGGAACUGCCACUCCUGGUUGCCAUGGAAAUAGCAGCCAAUGGACACGUCCCAAAGCCAGGGCUAAGGCUGGUAAUGGCCCCUCUUGGUUGCCGUGGGAACUUAGUAACAGUCUUGGCCCACCCCUGCCCCUUCCUCCAGUGUGGGGGCGGGGUUAGGGGAGCCAGGGCCCGCCCCUCAGCCCAGGCCUCGGGGUAGCUGGGUUGUACCAUGUAGGGGAGGGGGGAAUUUAUCCACAUACCUCAGGUAACAGGGAGGUGCGCGGGUGGGGGGAGGGACUGGGCGGAUCAGAGGUCGACGGGAGGGGGUCCUGGGGGUCGCGCAGGCUUGAGGUUGGGGCCGCUUGGGGGAGGGGAAAGAGGCAGCCCGGCGGGGGGCACGUGGGGGACCCAGCCGGGGCUGGGCCCCGGGUCUGUACUAUAUGGUUUGCUAUAAAACUCAAAAUCUUCCAGCU